GCGGCACCGCCCGGGAAGCAGCGCGAGGCUCGGCUGCCGCGGCCACAUCUUCCUCCUCCUUCUCUUCCUCCUCCUCCUCCUCCACCUCCUCCUCCCGGUCCAGGCAGCGAAGCGGGGUCAGGGCCGAGCGGAGGGCUCCGACGGCGCGGGCGGAGCGCAGCGCCGAGCCAUGGCGCACCAGACGGGCAUCCACGCCACAGAGGAGCUGAAGGAAUUCUUUGCCAAGGCACGGGCCGGCUCUGUCCGGCUCAUCAAAGUCGUCAUUGAGGACGAGCAGCUCGUGCUGGGUGCCUCGCGGGAGCCAGUGGGCCGCUGGGACCAGGACUAUGACCGGGCCGUGCUGCCGCUGCUGGACGCCCAGCAGCCCUGCUACCUGCUGUACCGCCUCGACUCGCACAAUGCUCAGGGCUUCGAGUGGCUCUUCCUCGCCUGGUCGCCUGAUAAUUCCCCUGUGCGGCUGAAGAUGCUGUAUGCAGCCACACGGGCCACAGUGAAAAAGGAGUUUGGAGGCGGCCACAUCAAGGAUGAGCUCUUUGGGACCGUGAAGGAUGACCUCUCCUUGGCUGGGUACCAGAAGCACCUGUCGUCCUGUGCGGCACCUGCCCCACUGACCUCAGCGGAGAGGGAGCUGCAGCAGAUCCGUAUCAAUGAGGUGAAGACAGAGAUCAGCGUGGAAAGCAAGCGGCAGACCCUGCAGGGCCUCGCCUUCCCCCUGCAGCCCGAGGCCCAGCGGGCGAUCCAGCAGCUCAGAGAGAAGACCAUCAACUAUAUCCAGCUGAAGCUGGACUUAGAGCGGGAGACCAUAGAGUUGGUGCACACGGAGCCCACAGACGUGGCCCAGCUGCCCUCGCGCGUGCCCCGGGACUCUGCCCGCUACCACUUCUUUCUCUACAAGCAUACCCAUGAGGGUGACCCCCUGGAGUCUGUGGUGUUCAUCUACUCCAUGCCGGGGUACAAGUGCAGCAUUAAGGAGCGCAUGCUCUACUCCAGCUGCAAGAGCCGCCUCCUGGACUCCGUAGAGCAAGACUUCCAGCUGCAGAUCUCCAAGAAGAUCGAGAUUGGCGACGGGGCCGAGCUGACGGCCGAGUUCCUCUACGACGAGGUGCACCCCAAGCAGCAGGCCUUCAAGCCCGCCUUCGCCAAACCCAAGGGCCCUGGGGGCAAACGGGGCCACAAGCGCCUCAUCCGCGGCCCCGGUGAGAACGGGGACGACAGCUAGGGCGCUGGCUGGGGCCGGGGCCGGUGUGUGUGGACUGUGCGGCUGCCCGCCUCCUCCCUCCUUCCCAGCCUGGCGUCCAGGGAUGGCUCCCUGUGGCGUGGACGGGCCGGGGGCCGCCGGGCUGGCGUUUUUGUGACCCCUCUCCAUCCCUGACCUUGCCUCUCACCUGUGUGCCCAAGGUGUUUAGGGGCCCUGUCUGGCCAGCCAGCUCCAGGGAACAGAUGGGGGCUGGGGUCCGCUGGGGCUGGGGCAGGGGUCACUGCAGGGCAGGGUGGUUGAA